AUGCGCACGCCGGCUCUCCAGUUCUCGCUCCUCGCAGCGGCACUAUCGCCGACUCUUGUCCAGGCUGCGCCUACGCCUUUCACUCCCGGCACGCCGUUUUCCCCCAGCAACGCACCUGACUCUCCUCGUCCUGUUGGCAACUUCGGCCGGUCCGGAACUCUUGCGCCCCGCUCCGGCGGGUUUGGACUCGGAUUUGUCGCGGCGCGCGUUAUCCAGGCUAGGAAGCCUUCUUUCAUCGGCUCUCUUGAUGAUGGUCCGGAUGGCACCACGAUCGCGGGGAUUGACUCUGGCAACUCUCUCUUUGGCGUCUUCGAUGAAGAUGACACGCCCCCGCCACCGAAGCACCAUGACAACUACAACCAGGGUCCGCCUUCAAACAACUACUACAAGACCGAUCCUCAGUACAACGAGCCGCCGCCCGACCCGUACUACCAGGAUCCAGCGCCGGAGCCGUACUAUCCCGACGAGGGCAACCUCAACGCUGCGAAGCCUGCCCAGAAGGAGAAGGACUGCGACGACGAUUAUGGAUACAAGGAGCCCGCUAAGGACCCGUACUACGCUGAUCCUGACGCGGGCAACGGUUACGCCUCCGAGCCGUCCAAGGACCCGUACUAUGCCAACCCUGACGCGGGCAACGUCGAUUACUCCCAGCCUGCCGACGACGGCUACAAGUCUGACCCCUACCAGCCGGACCCGUACACGUCGGACCCUUACGCCGACCCGGAGGAGGACUGCGCUGACGACAUGCCAUACAAGGAUCCUGAGCCUAGCUACGACGACCCGUACUACGCCGAUCCCGACGCUGGCUACCAGGAUCCCGCUAAGCCUGGCUAUGAUGAUGGGCCCGCCGUCAUCGACCCCGCAUACCCUGAUCCCGGGGACGCUGGCGAGGACUGCGACGAUGGCGCAUACGAUCCUGGCUACAACUCCGACCCUUACCAGGAUCCCGGUUCCGGGUACAGCAACGACCCGUACGCGCCUGACGCCGGCAACGUCGACUACUCUCAGCCUGCUGACGACCCCUACCAGUCGGAUCCCUACCAGGACCCCGCGUACGAGGAUCCCUCGUACGAGGACCCUUCGUACGGCGAGCCUUCAUACUCCGACCCGGAGCCAUCCUACUCUGACCCGUACGGGGAGCCCGAGGAGGAUUGCGGGUGUGAGGAGGACGACUACGACUCCUACAAGCCGAAGAAGGGUGGCCUCGCCGCGGCCAAGCCGGCGGAGACAUACGACCCGCCCGCUGACUCGUACGAUCCCAGCUACAGCGACCCCUCCUACACGGAGCCCACCGACGACACCAAUUAUGGCUCUACGGAGCCUGCGUACGAGGACCCCGCAUACGCUGCGCCCAAGAAGGGGAACAUGAAUGCCACGAAGCCCGCCGACUCCAGCUACGAGGACCCGAGCUACAGCGACCCUUCGUACGAGGAUCCGACAUACGCGAACCCACAGCAGGGGAACAAGUACGCCGCGCAGCCAUACGAUCCCGGCUACGACCAGACCGAGCCCAGCUACGACGACCCCACGUACUCGGACUACCCUCAGCAAGGCAACAAGUAUGCCGCUCAGCCUUACGAUCCCGGCUACGACGAGCCCACGUACGGCAACCCUCAGCAGGGUAAUAAGUAUGCUGCUCAGCCGUACAACCCCAACUACGACCAGGGCUAUGGCAACGACUACGACGACGGUGACGACGAUGACGGCUUCAACCCGCUCCCUGGCAACCUCAACAUCGGUCUCGGCGGCAAGAAGAAGAACGGCGGCAAGGGUAUCACGAGCGGAGACGGCGGUGACGCUCGCGGUGGCGAUGUUAUAGGCCCUAGCGGGCUUGUCAACGUGCUCAUCGACUCGGACAACGCCGGUGAUGGUGGCGACGCGCGUUCUGGUGACGCGCUCAACCUUCCGCUUCUCCAGAACCUCAACCGCGCACGCUCGGUGAUCUCCCGCUCACUCGCAUACGGCGGUAUCUUCGGCAGACGUAUGUUCAGGUCGGCUGCCACUCCGGAGCAGGCUCUUGAGAUGGAAGAGCGGCCAUCCGAAGUUCACCCCAUCUACCCGGACCAUCCAAAGCGCACGAUGGACGAUUCUCCAGCCGGAAGUAAUGGCACGUCGAUGAAUGAGGGUGAAGGCAGAACGUUCGUUCCGCGGGGCAGCACAAAGAGGUUGUAG